GUGUACUUUUCGAUGCGCAUCUUUUUCCGCGUCAUCCUCUCGACUGUCUUUUCAAACAUCGAGAUCGUUGGGCUUGACAACGUGCCGCGCAAGGGCCCGAUCAUCUUCACCGGUAACCACGCCAAUCAGUUUGUGGAUGCGCUGCAAGUCAUUUGCUCGAAUCCGUUCAAGGCAUUGAGCCCAAUCUCCUUCUUGAUUGCACAAAAGUCGUGGGACAGGCCCAUCAUUGGCGACUUUGCCAAGCUGUGCAGCGGCAUCCCCGUCGCGCGGGCGCAAGACUCGGCAAAGAAGGGCCAGGGCACUAUUGUGACCGCUGAGUCGUCCAGUACUAAGACCGAGGUGAAGGGCGAGGGGACCGACUUCCCGGCGCAGCUGCGCCCGGGAGAUAAGGUGCGGUUCGCAGGCUCUGCCACUGCCUACAAGGUGAGCAGCAUCGCCGGGCCGAGCGCUCUGACGAUUGCGACACCGGCCGACUCGCCCUGCCCCGUCCUUGACGGCGUGACAUUCGAUGUGCUGCCGCGGGUCGACCAGUCGGUGAUGUUUCGCUCCGUAUUCGACGCCCUGAAGGAUGGGCGCUGCAUCGGCAUCUUUCCGGAGGGCGGGUCGCACGACCGGACCGACCUGCUGCCGCUGCAGGCCGGCGUUGCACUCAUGGCGUUCGGCUGCCUCGAGGAGCACAACAUCUCAGUCCCGGUGGUGCCGAUCGGGCUCACCUACUUUGCCCGGAGCCAGUUCCGCUCGCGCGUGGUUAUCGAGUUUGGCAGUCCGGUGACCAUCUCAGAGGAGCUCGUCAAGCAGUACGAGAAGGACAAGCGCGGGGCCUGCAAUCGGUUCCUGGGGCACGUCGAGGACGGCCUGCGCGCUGCACUGGUGACGACGGACUCCUACGACACGCUCACUCUCGUCCACACAGCGCGCCGCCUCUACCAGCGCGACUACGAGGCGCUCGACACGGCAGCAAAGCAAGACCUCAAUCGGCGCUUCGCCGAGGGCUACAAGAAGCUGCUCUCGCAAGGGGGUGGCAACCUGCCCGAGGACAUCGCCAACCUGCGCGCGAAGCUCGCUGAGUACCGCGACACACUCGCUGCGCUCGGCUUGCGUGACCACCAGGCGAGACUCCCUCGCCGAACCCAAAGCAGUAAACAGCUGGUGGUGCUCUCCGCGGUGCACAUCCUCAUCCUGUUGGUCAUCUCAGCGAUCCCCAACCUGCUGCUCAACUUGCCUGUCGGCAUUGCAUCGACUCGGUACGCAGCCAAGGCGCAAAUCAAAGCGCUUGCGGGCUCCAAGGUGAAGAUCGAGGCGGAAGAUGUGGUGCUCUCUGAGGCAAUCAAGCUCGCCAUCAUUGCGUUGCCGGCGCUGUGGUUGACGUAUGCCUUCCUGUUGCUGCUCUUCUCGGGCCUGGCUGCCAAGACGGUCUUCUUCAUACUCCUCUCUUUCCCUCUCAUGUCGUACAUUGGUGUCAUCUCCGCUGAGGCGGGCAUGAUUGCCAUCAAGGACCUGCAGCCGCUCUUCAAUCAGCUCCUCUUCCGCGAGCAACUCCAGCUGCGCACAAUGCGAACUGAGCUGCAGACGCUUGUACGUGAGAGCGUCAAGAACCACGGCCCGUCUCUC